ACCAGAGGCGAAUGGUGACGCCCCUAAAGUUUGCGUUCGGACAUUCGACGCACCUUCCGGCGGCGCGCGGCGAGCUGUUUUGUUGAUUUGAUUCUUCCUCUUUGGCGGCGGCGCUUGCUAUGAGUAAUCCAAAGAUAAAGAAGAAGAUCUUGGAAGUCAAGUUUAUAGGAGAUGAAGAUGUUCUGAAGCACAUUUCUGAGGAUGCAGGUAUUAAAGCUCGGAAAACCAAAGUUCUGCCUACACUAGAUAUUAAAAAAUUGGUGAAAAAAACAGAGGACAGCUCAGAAGAGGAGGAUCCUGUUCCUUUUAAAGAGCAAGGCUAUGUGUCUAACCUAGGGACGGUCGUCCAAGGAUCUUUGAGAAAUGGCUGUAAUACAGGUGGUGGCGAUGUUUUCACAUUCCAAACUCCAAAACGCUCUAACAAGAUGGCAGAGACAGCCUCUGAGCUAGCACAGAACCUUGGAAGAAAUCUAACAAAGGACAAUUUAAUGAAGCAUGAAAAUGAAGCACAAAGUAAAAACAAAGGCCAGGAAGAGAAGAGUAGAAGGAAGGUGUGCAUAUCAAACACACCUUACAGACUCAGGAAGAGAAUUACAGGAUUGAAUAUGUGCUCUGAUAGUGAAAGCGAUUAUUCUGCUUCAUGCUCCGAGGAAGAGGAGGGAGAAAGUUGUAGCAAAAGUGCUGAUUUAACUCUUCACACAUCUGCUCACCCCAGUAAAGAAACACCAGCUAAGAAACCAAAGCCACAUGUUCCUAGCGAUUUGGUCGAAGAGUAUUUUGAAGCACACAGUAGUUCUAAAGUUUUAACCUCUGACCGAACACUCCAAAAGAUUGAGAAGAAAAAACUGGAUCAGGAAUCCCUGCAAAACAUCUUAAAUAAAGUACCUGUUGCUUUUGCUGCUGAACGUGAAGCGUUAACUAACCAAUACAAAACCUUUUUUUAUAAAUGGAUGCUGCAGUUGCACUUAGGAUUCAAUAUUUUGCUCUAUGGACUAGGCUCAAAGAGAGAUCUGUUGGAAAAUUUUCGUAUUUCUCUUCAGGACUGUGUUCACAUUGUUGUGAAUGGAUUCUUCCCUAACAUUAAUGUUAAAUCGAUUCUGAACUCCAUCACAGAGGAGGUGCUGGAUUGCAAGAGCACUUUUCGUAGCCCCCAGGAUCAGCUGGAUAUGGUCAUGACAAGAUUUAAAGAAGAUCCUUCCUUGGAGCUUUAUCUGCUCAUUCAUAACCUGGACAGCCAGAUGCUGCGAGGAGAUAAAAGCCAACAGAUCCUUGGGCAGUUGUCAUCCCUUCCCAAUGUCUACCUCAUCGCCUCCAUUGAUCAUAUUAAUGCACCCCUCAUGUGGGAUCAGGCAAAACAAAGCAUGUAUAACUGGUUAUGGUACGAAACAACUACUUACAGCCCUUACAUAGAAGAAACAUCCUAUGAGAACUCUUUGUUGAUUCAGCGGUCUGGGUCUUUGGCUCUGAGCUCCCUCACACAUGUUUUGCACAGUCUCACUCCUAAUGCAAGGGGGAUUUUCAGGCUUUUGGGAGAGUGCCAACUAGAAAAUAAGGAUAACCCUUCUUGGCCAGGCCUUUCCUUUCAAGAGUUGUAUCAACACUGCCGAGAAGCCUUUUUAGUAAACAGUGACCUCAGUCUUAGAGCUCAACUUACAGAAUUCAGGGAUCAUAAGCUUAUUCGGACCAAGAGGAGUGCUGAUGGAGUGGAAUAUUUAUUAAUUCCUGUGGAUAUGGGGACCCUGGCUGAGUUUUUGCAGAAAGAUAACGAAGUCUGAAGGCUUUCAAAUGUUUCUCCACAAUUGCUUUUUGUGGCUGCUGAACUCCUCCCUGAAGGGCAGUCUGGUUUGAGAUCUCAGGACUUUUCUGUACCUACGAAAAUGGGGCAAAGACUUGUGUAAGCAAGACCAACUUUAGAUCUGUGUAGAUCUCCUCGGGCUUCCUUGUUUGUGUCAUGCCUUGCUCCUGUUCGUUCCAUUACAAAUGAACAUUUUAUCCAUCGAUAAUAAUGCUUUUUUCCACAAUCCUCUCAAAAAAUGACUUGGCUGGAGUUGCCUGUAUUGGAAAAUACAUGCGGUUAGCAAUGAGCAGCUUGAUGUUUUUUCCCCCUUAUGGGAAUGGACAAAUGUCUUCCAACAUACCAUGUAUAUAGAAUACGCUAUUGAUUUUAUAACACGUGUUGUGUGGAAAAAAUAGGGGCGAGAAAUGUCUGACGUGAUCCAACCAAAAUAGGAAUGCCAGAGACCCAGGAUAUUCGAGAUACUUUGUUAAUUGGGAACAGAGAGACUUUAAAUACAACCCGUUUUAAGAUUUAAGCGUUAGGUAGCAAAAGUUUCUGUCAAUAAACAGGAAAUCUGCUAUUUUUAAAACACCAAUGAUGAAUAGAGAAGGAAUAGCUCAAAACUUUAACAAAUAUUUUGAAUACAAUAAGGUGUGGUUUUUAUUGAGCUUUUUGUAUUUUUAUAAUGUGUCACAUUAAUAACCAACCGAGUUUUACAGAUUUAAAUAUUUUGGAAGAGGGAAGGAGGAAGGAGCAUGAGAACCUUAAAGCAAAAUUGCAUGUUAGUGAGUUCGAGUGGCAUACCUGGCUACUAGGCCAGUUCAAUCCCAUAGUUUUAUGUAGCAGUUCAGUCCUACUAACUUUAUUGGGACUUGUGUCUUAAGUGAGCGUUCAUAGGAUUAAAAACUAAAUUAGAUCUACCUCGUUCUGAUGUAAAAAUACAAUAGUUUCAAAAUAGUGAUUAGCCCAGUCUCUCUGAAGUUACAAAUACAGGUCUUGAGAUGUACAGUGGGUUCGCUAGCUGGCUUCCAGGUCAAGCAUUCAUAAUUUUUGAUAUUCGUGUGGGUUUUGGAACCGAUCCCCAGAAGAUAUCCGUGUUAUUAGUUACAUGUUUAAAGGCUGUUUUCUUACAUAUUUGUUCUUGUGCAGUGUAAUAUUCCAAAGUGUCAUUGAGACAUACUCUUUUGUAUUUAAAUAAAAAAAGAAUUAAAACUUUAA